AUGGGUGCACAACACAAUGGUGGAGGGGUAGCAGAUGUGGUGGAGGUCGAGGGCAGUGCUUGCAGUGAUGGUAUAGGUGGUGGUGGUGGCGGGGAUGAUGUUGUGGUAGAGGGUGGAGAUGAUGAUGGAGCGGUGAAGGGUGGUGCUAGCUAUGGAGCUGGUGGUGGUGGAGGUGGAGAUGGAUGUUACCUGGUGGCGACAAUGGUCAUAGUGGUGGCAACGACGAUGUUGGUGGAGGAUGGGGUGGUUGUAGUUGGUGGCUGCGACGGUGGUGGUGGAGGUGAAGGAGACAGUGGUGACGAUGUUAGUGGUGGAGGGUGGUGGUGGUAG